UUAUGUAUUUAUGGCUCUAUAUUUAUAUACAUAUUUAAACACAUCUCGGAAAGAAAGAAGGACGGAACGAAAAGUUAACCGUCCGCCUCUCCCGGAACUUCACAGCGCGACAUCCGGUGGAAGUAAACAAUGAAAAGGCGGCAGUAUGGUUGCUCCAACGUGGACUUUUCCAGGAGCAUUUGUUCGCGUCUCCGCUGAGUCUCUGAGCUGUUGGAGUAACAAUGCCUUCAGUUCAGUAUCUGAGAGAGUUUAUCAACGAGCGGCUAACUGCUGCUGCUGAAGAAAUAUUCACAGAGUUUGAAAAAACCAUCGUCCAGUACGAGGAAGAGAUCGACCGUCAGCGCAGACUGCUGGAUAUCACCUGGAAACCCGAAAUAAAGGUGCACACAGACCACCUGCAGCAGCAUGUCUGUAAGGAGGAGGAGGCUCUCCCUGAGCAGCAGCUCUGGAACCAGGAGAGGAGCUCCAAUCUGGACCAGGAGGAACCAGAACCUCCACAGAUUAAAGAGGAACAGGAGGAACUCUGCAGCAGUCAGGACGGAGAGCAGCUUGCACUGAAGGAGGAGACUGAUACCUUUAUGGUGACUGCUUUUGCUGAGGAAAGAGACCACAGGGAGCAGCUCCUCUAUCACAGUUCUCUUCCUGAUCUCACUAACAGCAUAGAUCAGGAAGCAAGAAAGUAUAAAGAACCAAGAACAACCAAAACUGUAGAGUCAGAGUCAAAGAAGAAGCAUCCAAGUAACAAUGGAGACAAAUCAGUUAUGUCAGAAAGUGAGAGCAACACAGGAACAAAGUCAGUAAAAUGUUAUGUUUGUGAAAAAACCUUCAAGAAGAAGUCUCGGAUGCAGAUACAUUACAGAACUCACACGGGAGAAAAGCCAUAUUCAUGCAAAACAUGUGGGAAAAGAUUCAGCCAAAACUGUCAUUUGUCUGUUCACAUGAAAAUUCACAAAGGUGAGAAACCUUUUCCCUGUAAUGUUUGUGAAAAAACAUUUCGAGACACGUUAACGCUGAAAUAUCACAUGAGGAUUCACACGGGUGAGAAACCAUAUUCAUGCACAAUCUGUGGGAAGGGUUUCUGUCAAAGUAACAACUUGAACAUUCACAUGAGAACACACACGGGUGAGAGGCCUUACCCCUGCCACAUCUGUGAGAAACGAUUUAUCGACUCGUCCACACUGAAGAGACACGUCAGAACUCAUACGGGCGAGAAGCCCUAUGCCUGCAAAACCUGUGGGAAAAGUUUCAUUCAGAAAAAUAUUCUCUCUGUCCACAUGAGAAUCCACACAGGCGAGAAGCCACAUCCUUGUGAAGUGUGCGGGAAAAGCUUCAGAUCGCGUGAUCUCUUGUUGGGCCACCUAAGAUCUCACUCUGUUGUGCAUCAGUAUUUCUGUGAAACUUGUGGGAAAAGUUUCAGUGAACAAGGCAUUUUCACUGUUCACAUGAAAACUCACUCAGGAGAGAAUUAUCCUGGAAGCCAGCCUGAAAUUGUUUAAGAGAGAGUGCAAAAUAAAAGCAGUGCUUAGACUGUGCUUAAACACGAUUAUGUGAAUUUAUUGCAUGUCUCACAAGUUCUGAUUGUGAUCUGUCAUGGUGUCCUUUGGAUUCUUACAGAAGAGCAUCUCAUUAAGUAGCAAUUACAUUUGGGGGAAUUUGUUAGUGUAAGUUUUUACAGCAAACAGGAAGUAUAUUGUUGCCAUGGAUUCAGCGAGUUACACUGUGAGCUGCUUGUUUUCAGUUUGGAAAAUCUACUUCAGAAUUAGCUGUGAGGUUUUUUGCUGGUUUCUACUGACAGACAUCACUGAAUAUCUUUAUCACUGAGGAAAAUAAAAAUCAGGUAAGUCCUGAAGCAGCUGCCAUAUCAUAUCAUUGUACAUCAUCUUUUCAUCAAUUUUCCCAUCAUUACAUCAUCUGGAUGUCUUUUAAAACAAAGUGUGUGCUCCUCAUUGAGUCCCUUAAGAACCUUCAUGGUCAAAAAAAUGUCUGAAAAUGAUUGUUGAAAAUAUAUGAACUCCAGACUUUAAAGGUCAAUUUGAAACACUGAUCAAGACAAGACAAGAAAAAAAAAAGAAAAGAUAUAUUGGAUAUAGAUUUGUAUAGAAGCCAUUGAAAGUAUAAAAGAUGGACAUGGCCACCGUGGACUAUGAAGUGUCAGCCUUUGUGAUUUGUCACCUCCAUGUUGGGUUUUUUUUUUUUUUUUUUUUGGACCAUAUUUGGAUUAGAAGUGGAGUUAUCAGUUGAUCCAAGCUAGCUUGGUUAUCCACAGAGUGGGAGUGUCUCUCACACACACACACACACACCCACACACCCCUGCUAAUCCAGGGGUCAGCAACCUUUAACACUCAAAGAGUCAUUUGAACCCAGUUUCCACAGAAAAGAAAACACUGAGCCACAAAUACUACCGUGAGUGACGCUUAUAUUGAGAAACGAAAUAUUUCAAGAUCACAAUAAUGUUCAAAUUUAGAGCUACAACGAAAAACAAACUGACAAAAUAAAAUGCACUUCUAUUGGAUACUUAUAAUUAACUUCCCCAAGCCGCACAGAGCUGCAGCAUAAGCCUGAAAGAGCGGGUUGUCGACCUCUUUGCUAAUCAAUAACAUCCUCGAAUUUCUCUCACUACAACUGGAGCUCCGAUUUCUUGGAGGUCUGUUAGUCCAGUGAAGUGCACAGCAGCCAGAUUACUGGUGAGAUAAUUGCACUGAAAAUGCUCCAAACAGCACAUACAUGGUCCAGAGGUCCAGUUCAGGGACUCCAGUUAGAUGAGGUGAAGCCGAACAGACAAAGAUCAGCACACAUCAAUCAAAGAGGCCACUCCCCCAACACCAGUACUCAGGUAAAUGCAGAAAUUCACCCCUGUGCAGCUGUUAAGGGGUUAAUCAGCUACAGAGACCAAAGUAGUUUCUGCAGCAGCUUCUGGCUUCGUCUUUCAGCUGUGAAGGUUACUGUUACCAAUCAGGUUUCUCUUGUGAUCAUUGUAGAAUCCACACUUUAAUAUUUGCAUGAUUAUGAUGACUGUUUCCUUACACAGUUCCUGAAGCCUCAGUCUGUGUGCCAGCUGUUUCUUUCCUUACUCACUCCUGCAGCUUAACAGCACGUUGCUCUUUCCUGAAAUGUAAUCUAUAGCUUAACGCG